AUGGCGGCCUCUGACGCUGUCUUACUGGCUCAACACCAUUCUUCUGGUCGUGGAAGUGGGCUUCAUCGUCACCAUCAUUGUACUCGACAGAAUCUCCGUAUUCAGAACGGCAUUGUCGAUGUCCCGGAUCCGACCCUCUCAGGCUUCGUCGGCAGCUAUGUUGUUGGUAAGAACUACAGCCUCUUGUGGACAUCUUUGCCGUCAUUUCUCUUCUCCAUAUACGCACUGGUUUGGACGGCGCUCGUGGAUGACAGCGCCAACCGACAACCUUACAUUGAGCUCAGGCGAGGAGCAGGUGCACUCCAGACGAUCAUGCUGGACUAUAGAUCUAUGCCUGGGUGGAAAAAUUGGUACGUGGCCUUCCGCAAUCGGCACGGACAUCUGGCGACCGGGUUCCUCCUGGCUUUCUCUCUCUCAACCUUGUUCCAGUCUCUCGCGGCACAUCUUCUCGUUGGGCGCACAGCACAAUUCUCUACUCAAGUCCCCGUCACUUUCACAUCAGAGUUCAAUGCAUCUGCGAUCGAUGCGAAGACGAACCUCCAACCAUUCAUCGACAUCUCCACGGCGAUACGGGCAUAUAACAGCACUCCUCCUACCUGGAUGACUGACACGUAUGCAUUCGAGCGUUUCGCCGUGCCUGGAGGUCUAGAUGGCGGUAACAUCACCGUCAAUGCCUCAGCUUAUUCGGCCGUGCUGCAGUGCAACAGCAUCGAUGCGGUCGACUACACCGUCUCUGUGACUAAUUCAGACUCGAGUGGAGACCAGACGCUGCAGAUUGAUUUUAGCGACCGCGGCUGUGCGGUGUCGCAGCGCUUCCUUGUCAACUCGGGGACACCGAUCUACGCAAAAGCGUGGUACGACUUUUGCUCGAACUCAAACAUUAGACGGUUUGGCAUGUCUGCAGGCCAAUAUUCAGCCUCGGCCGACAGUCACCUCCGUGACUUCAGUGUCAUUUCUUGCAUUCCGACGUAUUGGCUGAUAAACGGGUCGCUGACCAUGUCCUCCGCGGACGGCGCUUCCCUAACAUCGAUAGUUUCGUUUGUAGGCAGCAGCCAGCAGCAGAUCGAUCCCGGAGUGCAGAUUACCUUUGAAAACAGCCUGCACAUGUACACCUUCUUCAACCCGGCGGCGGCCACGAACGCAGACUCGGUGGGGUUUUCCAUCUACUCGGCGGCUCAGGCACGAUCGGGGCAAAGCUCGCCCAACGCAUCCGUGGUCCAGCAAAGCACGCAGAACUUCUACGCAACCGCCUACGCAGCCCUCGUCAAAAAUAUCCUGUUGCAGACGAGCAGCUCGCCGCGGACCGGCGUCGGCAGCGUGACCAGGACGACGCCCAGGCUCUUCAUCGUGGGCGAGGUGGCCUGGGUGAUGGUAGCGGCGAUGGUGGUGGUGCUCUUCUGCCACGCCAACCUGAUCGUGUACGCAAAACGACACGAUACCAUGCUCGACGAAGACCCGGUUGGGCUACUGGGGGCCGCCAAGUUGCUGCGGAGAAGUGAAGUCCUCCAGAUGGUGGAUGAUUUCGAGGAGCUGCAUCCUGAUGUUCCGGGAAUGCAGGACUACAUGAAGAAGCAUUAUGGGCUUGGCCGUGGAGAUCAUUGUUGGUGGGACGACGAAGAAAGAAGGAUCAAAGCCGUGGGGAUGAUGGGAAAUUGA